AUGCUUCCAAAAGUCAAGGUGGCAAUGAACUUUGAAGCUGACUUUGAUAGCAGUGGGAGUGACUCUUCGUCUUUGUAUAAUUCCGAUUCUGGAGUCAGUUUAACAACGCCAGCUUCAUGUAACACAUGGCCAGCUUUCGAUUUUGAGCAUUCAGAUGAUCUUGAAUAUACAUGUUGUGAUCUUAUUUCUUUCUACGAGGCACACUCCGUGGCAGUGAUCCAGGUCGUACAGAGUCUUUCUGAUGUGAAUAUUGAUGUCGUUCUUAAUGCAUACACUUAUUUAUUCCAUUUGUGCAAAGGUGGAUAUGCGUCAUUUAUCGCCCGUAUAUAUCCAGAUAUUUUUUGCAAUAUAAAGAUACCUGUGUUUUUCCCUUCUACUGCGAAGUACGUGGAUGUACUUCAUUGUAUGAGCGGUAUCAAUAACUAUCUUUCUCAGUGUUCCGAUGGACUAGUUAUGAUAGUACAUUAUGGAGGGCUUGAUGUGAUCAACGGACUUUUACUUUUUCCUUUUGAAUCCGUAUUAUACUUUUGUUUGGCCGCCCUACAUAACAUAUUGUUGAGUUACAAAACAUCUAAAAGUCUUAUUAGUCGAACAUGCAUUUCUAAUCGCCUGAUAAACCUUUUAAAUUAUUCCGUUGAUUGUGUAAAAUUAGACACGCCAUGUUCAUUAACAUCGCCUACAAGCAUACAGCAAAGCGUCAAUCCAAAGUUUUUAGCAGUCCUUUGUGACUGUUUGUACAUAUUAGCAUACAGAUCUGAAAGUACGAAGAAAGCGUUUAAAGAACAAGGUGCACUAUCUUCCCUUUUAAGGGUUAUCAUGAUUUCGACUUACGAAAAAGUUUUAUGGACGGCUACCAGACUUCUGCGAGUUUUGUCUGCUUGGAUUCCUGUCAAAUGCGAGAUAAUUGCUCAAGAUCCACUGUUGGAUUUCUUCUCUCAUUGUUUAGACUGUCAUUCUUCGCGGGUAAUAGCUAAUGCCCUAUGGACCAUACGAAAUCUUUCAGAUGUCGCAGUUGAUAAGUUGGAAUCAGAUGUCUCCGUCAAUGUAGUAAAACAACUCCUUUCGCGACUGAGAUUCAGCUUAUGCAAUGUGAGCUACGAACCCUAUUGUACAACCAAUACGGGAAGCGAUAACCCUGUAUCCCGGUGUAUUCUAGGGGCACUAGCAAACUUGACAUGUAGAAACAAUGCCGCAAAGUCUUAUGUUGUCCGUCACAAUGGAAUUGAUUUAAUCCUACAAAUAUUGCAUGGUGAAAUAAAUGAACAAAAAAAUUACUAUCAUACAUUGUGUGAUAAUCUUAGUCAGUCAAUAUUAAAUAUGUCGCUUCAAUGUAAAAGUGAAGAUGAUCAUUCCAAUACACAUAAAAAGCAUUCAGACAAUAUAAUUAACAAUAAGAUUAGUAAUGAAUGUGUUGAAAAAUGUCCAAUAAUAACAACUACUUCAUCAUUAUCAGUAUCAUUGGCAAAUAACAAUGAAUUAUAUCAGCCCUCAUUGCUAUUAUCCCCGAAAUCGUUAAAUUUUAAAAAUUCGAUGAAAAAUUAUUCAACUAAACAAAAAGAUGAGUUUCAUUUUCUAAACUAUACUUCACAUCAUUUUAAUGAUGAUCAAUCAAAAAUUAUGUUCAAUACAUCAGUAUUAAAUGCUACAUUAGAUUUAAUUGAAGCAGGUAUACGUUGUCUAUCACAUUUAACUGUUGGACAUACGGAAUUACCAAGUGUUUUUAAUUAUUUUUUGCAUCAACGUUUUGCAUCGAAAUUAAUUAUCUCAAUGGGUACUAUAUAUCUUCCAUCAUUAUUAUCAUUUCCAUUUGAUCAGCAUACCAAUUUAUGCAAAGAUAAAGAUACUUCUAAUAAUAACAAUAGCAAUUGGGAAUUCGAUUGUUUAACACAAAUACUUCAAUUGACAAAAACUUGGACUGUCUUAGUUCGGAAUUUAUGUGUGAAUUGUCAUAGUAGUGAGUUAAAAUCUAUUGCGAAAGUAAACUCAUACGAAGUAUCAAUGAAUAAUAAUUUUGGAAGUAAUAAUUUAUCAUCUGAUAAAUUACUUAACACUAAUUUAUGGCCUAAGCAUUUACGUUCACAACUUCGGCAUGGAGUUCAUAAGUUGGUUCAAAGUUUAAGGCAUUUAAUAAAUUCACUCCCUCGAGAUUCUCAACCAAAGGAACUCAAACCUACCAUGGAAUUCAUUCAUAACGUAUCAAUAACAUUAUUCUCAUUAAAUAACAACAAUAAUAGUAAUUUUUAUAACAAUGUCAACAUUAAUUAUAAAAAUCAAUAG